UACUUUUAUGUAUGGGACCACAACUAUGGCCGCAUCCUAUCGGCUACACGCAAUACAGUAAAGAAAUAAUGGCCCUUAGUACUAUGAAUUUAGAGUACAAAUUCCAAUCAGUACCCUCUGAAAUAGUGCACAACUAUUUAGCAAGUGCAUUUAAAUUGUUUUUAAAAAAUGUCUUCAAAUUAGAAAGAGAUCGAAAGAAAUCGAACAUAAGUGAUUCGGAUCUACCGAUCAGAAAGAUAAGUAUAGAAAUAGAAGUAGAAAAUGAUCCGGAUCCUAAAUUAAGAUUGGAUACAGACGAAUCUUAUACAAUCCAAAUUAAUACGAUAGGUAAUCGUGUUGUGUUUAAAAUAUCAGGCUAUUCAUUCUGCGGCGUGAGACAUGGUUUGGAAACAACAAGCCAAUUGAUAUUAUUAGAUCAAGUCACUGGUUAUUUAAUUACCCUAUCAAAUAUAACAAUAAAAGACAGACCUUGUUAUAAAUACAGAGGGUUAAUGUUAGAUACUGGACGCAACUAUAUAACUGUGUCAAAUAUCAUGAGGACAUUAGAUGGUAUGGCGAGUUGUAAAUUGAAUACGUUGCAUUGGAGAAUUUCUAGUGAAACUAGUUUUCCUUUAUACUUGACUAAGUUACCUUAUCUAUCUGAUUAUGGAGCGUAUGACAGAUCAAUGAUUUAUACUAAAAUUGACGUUAAAAGUAUUGUCAGAAAAGCUGCAUUACGAGGUAUCAGAGUAAUCUUAGAGGUUGCAGCGCCUGGACCUGUCGGUAGAGCGUGGUCGUGGUUCCCACAAUCCACAUGUCCCCUUAAAACUAAUAAUUACACGUGUCAGAAUAUUCUAUGUACAAGAUUGUUAAUGGAUAAAGCAGUGUUUGAUAUUUUACAAAUAAUUUACACAGAGAUUUUAGAAAUGACAGGAGUUAAUGAUGUAUUUCAUCUGAGCGAUGGAAUGUUCUCGAUAACAAAUUGCUAUGAACUAAUAAGUGAUAGAGAUGGUUUUUUGAACAAUGCAUUAGAUCGUUUGAAACUUGCUAAUAAGGGGAAUUUACCUCAGUUACCUAUAAUAUGGUAUAAGUCACAUUUAAUGAAGGACUCGGAAGCUAAGAUCUGGGAUAGAAUGGGAGUGCAGCUUACAGAUUGGGAACCUAAUCCCGGAGAACAUUAUCUAGGUAAAUUCAGAGUGAUACAUUCAAGCAAUUGGGAUCUAUCUUGUAAGAUUGUAAAACAGAGAUGUGUAAAAUACAGAUCUUGGCAGGAAAUGUAUUCCUGGAAGUUAUGGCGGAACGUUGAAUCAUUUAGCACUGAAGGAGGCGAAGCAACACUUUGGACUGACCUUGUCAAUGAAGGUAAUAUCGAUAGUUUGCUAUGGCCUCGAGCAGCUGCAGUCGCUGAAAGACUCUGGUCGGAUACUAUAGCCAAUUCUACCGCUAAUAAAUAUGUUUACAUGCGAUUAGACAGGCAAAGAUGGCGCAUGCUUCUACGCGGGAUACGAGCACAACCUAUUUGGCCUGCUUGGUGCAGCUUCAAUCCUAGCACUUGUUUAGCUAAAAUACGCAAAUAAUAUUAACGCCUGCCGAAAAUAUGUCGACUAAUUUUCUAUA